AUGGUGGAAAAAAAUUUAUUUCUUAGCCCUAACUCUCAAAAAAAUCACCGCAUAAUUGAUCAUCAUCGAAAUAAUUCCGAAAAAGAUCUCAGUAAACAAUUCAAGAACUAUUUAUCUCCUGUAAAAGGAGAUUUAAGCAUGAUAAACUUCAACGACACCCAAGAUGGCAUUGACCCUCCUCCUAACGAAAAUCCCAGAAUAAAUCUAAAUCACUUUAAAAAACCAGUCAAGAGAAAAAUCAAAAAACUUGAGCUUAAAAAUAAAAAAAGUCCUGUAAAAUAUUUGGUGCCGGCUCUUGGAGAUUUUAAUUCAAUUAAUGAUGAUGUUGCUGAAGUUGAAUUUGGAAUUCUUUGUAUUAAUUGCCAAGAAAUGAUUCCUGAAAGCUUUAUUGAAAGGCACUCAUUUCUUUGUACAAAACUGUCAGUUUCAAUUUUAAAAAGUGACGGUCUGAGUGAUCUUGAGAACUUGCAUAUAAAAACUCAAAAAAUGGAAAAUUUUUUAGAAAAUAAAGAAAAAGAAAUAUUAUAUAGAUCUUCUGAAAGGAAUAUAAUAGUCGUUCUGAAGCGGCUAUGUAGAAGGCUAAUGGAUUCUAAUAAGAGCCAGAACGGGAUUGCAACCUUACUUUCCCUAAGAUUAAUUGAAAUAAACAAAUCUUAUCCAAUUUAAAAAAAAAUGAAAGAAAUUUUCCAUAAUCGCUUUUAUAAUCGUAUUCUUUACAAUAUAUAGGCUGAUUUUCAAUAUUGGCAUUAAAUUGGGUAUAUAAGCUAUUUCCACAGAAUCUGUUAUUUUUACCGAUCAAAAAAUCACUCAAAAAUGUAAAUUUGCCACAAUUUUACUCCAAUUUAAAUAGAGCAGUUAGAAGUCAUAAAAUCAAUUAAAUCAAUGCUAGAAAAUUUCAAAGGCUCAUUAUCAUUAAGAAUCUACAGUGAGCGGCUCCUCACAAUCUCCCAAGAGCAGUCUCAGGCCAUCCAAGUUAUUGAGCAAAAUGAAAUAGAAAGCAAAAUAAAAGAAGUCACCGAGCUCAAAAAGCAAGUAAAAAUUUUCAAAGAAAGGGCUGAAAGCUUACAAAAAUCAAUUUUUAAAAAUAAACACCCAGAAUUAAGGCUGAAUUUAGAAUUAUUAGAAACCAUCAACAGUGAAUUUAGCAGCACUGAAUCAUUAAAUUCAGCUAGUUCAUUUCGAUCAACAUUUUGUGAUGAAAAACAAGGAGAGCUCGAUACAGUAGAAACUGAAAAUAACGGACCUUCAAUUGGAGACUCAAAAGAUUCCCUACAAAAAUAUUUUUAUUCUCAAUGCUUAGCACUUAAAAUAAAAAAUAAUUCAAAAGAAUUAGUAAAGCUCGUCCCAGCUUCAAAAUUGUAUGAAAAAGCGAUUCAGGAAAAUAUCCCUGUUGAUGAGUGGGUUGAUUUUAUUGAGGAAGAGCUGAAGUAUCCAGAAAGAUGGGUUAGAGCACAGUCAAGGCGAUCAAGAAGGUCGCAGCCUUUGAAUGGAAAUAAAAAAUCAUUUACAUUCGAAAGCAUAAUAGAGGAAGAGGUAUAA